AUGGACGGCAACAGCAACAGCGGGGGGGGAGGAGAGCACUCCGACCCUCUGGCGGACGUGGAAGUCGGCGCAGUAACCACCAGCGAUGGCGACAUCCACGAGGUCCGAAACUUCGGCGCCGGCGGCGAGGACAGCGAGGAACCCCCCAUAAUCGUCGGAGGCCUCCGCGUUGGCGGCGCCGGCGGCGGGGUGGGGGUGGGGGGGGACGGUGUCGUCGGCGUGGGUGGCCUCGUCGGCGUUUCGGAUUUCGGGGACGGCCUUCCCCUCAGUGACCUCGGCAACGCCCUGGGGAACGGGGCGGAGUUCGAGGUGGCGGAAGGCGUCGAUUGGGCCAGGAUCCGGGACCCCGGCAACGAGGACGGCCGCCGCGGGACCGCUUCCUGGGACCCCAAGGAUGACGACGACGAGGAGGAGGAGGGCGGGGACAACAACAACGGGUGGACCGGCGGCGGCGGCGGGGAGAAGGAGGCGGGGAGGCGGGCCUGGCGGCCGACGCGCGCGGAGGGCCUCAGGGGGGAGGGGAAGCGAUCGAAGGCGAAGGCGUUCCUGAGGGGGUCAAGGAAGAAGGAGGAAGGCAGGCACGGCGGCGGCGAGGAGGAGGAGGGGUUGCAGCGGGCGGAGGGAGCGGAGGGAGCGGGCGUGGGGCCGAACGGGCUCGCGCUCGGAGAGCUUGUCGACCAAGACUCCGAGGACCCCAGCAGCGAGGAGGAAGGAUCGUCGGGUGGGGGAAAGGAGAGUUUUUCUGGGGAGGGCGAUUGGCAUGACGCCGGGAGCGGGAGAGAGACGCCGCCGCCGCUGCGGCCGCUGCCGCCGCCCGCCCCGGUUGUCGUCGAUACCUCUGAGGAGGAAGGUGUGGUAAUCGUGGGCGCAGUCCCCGGGCACAAGGCGGCGCUUAACGAGGACGAUCUGCCGGUAGGGGGGCGGGAGGCACGGGACGAUGUUGCCGGUGGGGUGCCCCCCGCUCCCCCCGCCGCCGCCGCCGGGCCGGCCGAGGCCAAGACGAGCGUCGAGCGCAUGGAGCGCGAGAGCACCCACCUGACGGCCGCCCAGCAGGCCGAACGCGAGGAGUCCCUGCGGAGGACGGCGUCGGAGAACGCGGCUGUGGGACCGCUGGCGGCGGUGGUGGAGAGGGCCCAGGCCGAAGCGGCAGAGGCACUGGAGGCGGCGGGACAAGCUACCGUGCUUGCACCACCGCGCGGAGCCCCCCCCGAGACCACAACCGGCCAAGAGACGGAGCAGAGAGCCGUUGGCGAGGGAGAAGAGGAGCGGAGAGCCGUUGAGGAGAAGGAGCCGCCGGCGCCGGCGCCGGCGCCGCCAGCGGAAGGGGAAGGAGAAGGAGAAGUGAAGUCGGGCGUGGCAAUUAUGGAGGCGAUCAAGAAUCGAGCGAUCGAGGAGGCGAGGAAGGCCGUGGAAGCGGCUCCCCUCGGCCGCGAGAGAGGUCGGGCUGAGUCGAAGGCCAAAGCUCAGUCGUUAGAGGAGAACGAGGAGGGGGGGGAGCCAGAGAGGGGUCGGCUGCAGAAGCAAAAGGCGCACGAGGAGGCGCUCGAGGAGGUGGAGAGGAAGGAAGCGCAGAGGCUUGCUCGGGAGAGGAAGGAGGACGAGAAGGAGGCCGCCGAGAGGCAAAUGGCGCACGAACAGGACAGGGCGGCGCGCAUGGGGGCCCAGCGGAAGGAGAGCGACAGGCUGGCUCGUGAGGAGGCGGAGAGGAAGGAAGAGCGAGAGCAGGAGCAUGCGAGGAAGCAGGCCCAGAAGCAGGCGCGCCUAGAGGCCGAGCGUAGGGAGACGGAGAAGGAGCGCAAGGCGGCAGAGAAAGCGGCCCGCCGGGAAGAGGCCGAGCGGAAGAAGCGGGAGGCGGCGGCGGCGGCAGAAGAGGCCGCGGAGGAAGAGAGACAGGCCCGGGUGAAGGCGGCGUUCUCGGAGAUGGUGAUGGGGAGGCCCGAGGGCGGCGGCGGCGGAGGAGGAGGAGGAGGAGGAGGAGGAAGAGCGAACCAUCACCACCGGGAGCAGCCCCCUCCCGCGGCGGAACGGCACCAGACGAAGCUCCGCCACGAGCAACGCUUCCCAGAUCGCGGCGACGACGACGACGACGAGAUGCGGGGCUCGUUUGCCGUCCGGGAAAGGCGGAACCCUCGCGACGACGAGGACGAUGAGUUCCCCGACGAUGACGAUGGCGAUGACGAUGACCGUAGCAGCGGCGGCAGCAGAGUCAGGGACGAUGACGACGAGCAGGAUGAUGAUUUUGACGAGGAGGAGGAGGAGGAGGGCGGGCCGCUGCCGGGCCGUUGGCAAGACGGGCCGCGCGCCGUCUCCCCCUCGGAGGUGAAGAGGAGGGUCCAGGAGCGGCACUUGUAG